GCCAAUACCCGGGAGAGGAGCAGACAGGCAGGAUGAUGGGACUGUUCCGGCUGUCGGACCUGGUGCUUGCGGUGACGCUGGUGGUCAAUGCCGGUGCUGUGCUCAAGUACAAGCUCAAGCGGGCGCCGUCUGCCGCCGCCGACUUUGGUGAGGUGGCCGACGACAGCAGCUCGGUUGUGGCCAAGCUGGGCAACGUCCUUGCCGCCCUGCGCACCCUCCGUGGUCUGGUGGCGGUGUGGAACGUGCUAGUCAUCUUUCUCAUGCUGGUGUUCUUCUCGGCUUGAGUCGCGCACCCUUUACAUGAAGGUGGCAAACGGAUCGAGGUCGGCGUUGGCAGAGUCGGUAUCGCUGCCGCUGUUGCUGUUGCUGUCGUUGUCGUCGUCCCACAAGUCGUCGUCGCUGGCGUCGUCGUCGGCAAAGCCGUCGAUGGCGGCCCAGUCGACCGAGUAUCGGAGGACUGCCGCCACGCCGCCGAGGCCACGCGCCAGCUGAGAUCCUUCGCUGGUGGCGUCCGAGACAAAGUGGAUGGUGGCGCCAAAGUCAAGGUAGUGCUGAGCGAGCCAGUCGACGAGAGGCGACUCGGCGACGAGGUCGUAGCCGGGCGGCGGCGGGGGGAUGCGACGCGAGACCGGGUCGGCGACGAGGACUAUGUGAGCGGCGGUGGGUAGGUCGCCGGUGGCGUCAGAUGCGGGCGCGUACUCGCGCCGGACGGCGGAGAGCUUGUCCCAGACCACGAGCUGGUCGACGGCGCCCAUGUCGAGGGCAGCGAGAACGUCCUGCGGGCCGAGGGCGUAGGUGUUGGUGUCUAGCGCGAUAGCCUCAAGGAGCGAGCCGAGGAUUGCGCGCUGGGCGGCGAUGCGGGCCGAGCCGAGAAGCGGCGCAGCGUCCGCGAUGGCCUGGCGCAGGCCGUUGCGUCCUCCGUAUGCGACGUCGAGAGUGCCGAUGACGAUGGCAGCAAGGCGCGGGUCGAGGAGGGCUGACGACGAGACAACCGACUUGAGGUCGGCCGAGCCGGCGAGGACGAGGCCGGCAAUGUUCGGUGCGUGAUCGGCGCCGAGGAAGAGGCGGGCUGCCUCCUCGGCGAUCUUGCGGACGUAGUUGUGGCGGGCCUCUUCGCGGAGGCGGG